CUACAGAGCGGCUGUCAUGGCGUCGGAGGCGCUAGCUGAGGAGAGCCGGCCGCGGUGUCUAUAGGACCAGGGGCGGGCGGCCGGGGAUGGAGAACAGCCCUGACAGCCCACAGCCUCUGGAACUCGGGGUGGCGGCCGGGAGAGUGUCGCCGCCGGAAGGGCGACGGCGCGGCGGGCGCGAGGCUGAGGAUGGUCCCGCUGGACGCGCGGUGGACAGCGGCGGGCAGGGGGCGGCGGCGGCAGCGCGGAGCAGCCUCGGGGACCUGACGUCCGCCUCGCAGCUCGGAUGCGGCGCGGGCUCGGACUUGAAGGACAGCGCGUCGUCGAGCCCUGCCGCCUCGGAGGUGCCUUCAAGAGGGCAGCACAAGGUGACCGCCUCCCCGGAGCUGGCCGAGGCCGCGGCGGGCCGAGGGUCGGGGCCAGUGGGCGACACGGGCACCUGCAGGGUGGAGCAGGCGGCGGAGGAGCCAAGCAGCACCGGCGCCCCGAGCAGCAGCUGCAGCGAGCCGAGCCCCCCUGGGGACUCGCCCAGCUUGGACUCCCUGGAGUCUUUCUCCAACCUGCAUUCUUUCCCCAGUAGCUCUGAGUUCAAUAGUGAGGAGGGAGCAGAGACCAGGGUCCCCGAGGACGUGGAGGAGGGCGCGGCGGGGCCGCCCAGGGCUGCACCUCUAUGCAAAGAGGAGGAGGAGGAGGACCCGGCUCAGGUGCUGGCAGCCUCCAAAGAACGCUUUCCCGGACAGUCAGUGUAUCACAUCAAAUGGAUCCAGUGGAAAGAGGAGAACACGCCCAUCAUCACCCAGAAUGAGAAUGGACCCUGCCCUUUGCUGGCCAUCCUCAAUGUUUUGCUUCUCGCCUGGAAGGUGAAACUUCCACCAAUGAUGGAAAUCAUAACUGCGGAGCAGCUGAUGGAAUAUUUAGGUGAUUAUAUGCUUGAGGCAAAGCCAAAAGAAAUAUCAGAAAUUCAACGUGUAAAUUAUGAACAGAAUAUGAGUGAUGCUAUGGCAAUCUUGCACAAACUGCAGACAGGCCUGGACGUGAAUGUCAGGUUCACUGGGGUACGAGUUUUCGAGUACACACCAGAGUGCAUAGUCUUUGAUCUUCUAGAUAUUCCUUUGUAUCAUGGGUGGCUAGUGGACCCUCAGAUCGAUGACAUUGUAAAAGCUGUUGGCAACUGCAGCUACAACCAGCUGGUAGAGAAGAUCAUCUCCUGUAAGCAGUCAGACAACAGCCAGUUGGUUAGUGAAGGCUUUGUAGCUGAGCAGUUUCUAAACAAUACAGCCACUCAACUGACGUACCAUGGAUUAUGUGAACUGACUUCAACGGUUCAGGAAGGAGAGCUCUGUGUGUUCUUUCGGAAUAAUCAUUUUAGCACCAUGACAAAAUACAAGGGUCAACUGUAUUUGUUGGUAACAGACCAGGGGUUUCUUACUGAAGAAAAAAUUGUCUGGGAAAGCCUCCACAAUGUAGAUGGUGAUGGAAAUUUCUGUGACUCAGAAUUCCACCUUCGGCCUCCUUCAGAUCCUGAGACUGUAUACAAAGGUCAACAAGACCAAAUAGAUCAGGACUACCUUAUGGCACUGUCACUGCAACAAGAACAGCAGAGCCAAGAAAUCAAUUGGGAGCAAAUUCCAGAAGGAAUCAGUGACUUGGAGCUGGCAAAGAAACUCCAGGAAGAGGAAGACCGACGGGCCUCUCAGUACUACCAGGAGCAGGAGCAGGCUCAGGCUGUUGUGACUACCACCACCCCUUCCACACAGGCCCAGCAGGGCCAGCCAGCACAAGCCUCUCCAUCAAGUAUAAAACAGCCUGGGAAUAGUGAACGGAAACGCAAGGAACCUCGGGAAAAAGACAAAGAGAAAGAAAAGGAAAAAAAUAGCUGUGUGAUUUUGUAGGGAAUGCUGACGUCUGUGGGAACCACCUAUGCAGAUGACGGAAAGGAAGACCCAGUCCCUACCGUCUGUGCCUGAUCUCCCAAUGGAUUUUGCUCAUGUUUUCCAGGGGAAGGUUGUUACUUUGUUACAAUCAGCUUUUUCAAGUUACACCAUACACUCUCUAUGAGCUGGAGUUUUAUGUUACAGGUCGGAACUGGUGUGUGUUGUCACUGUAGCCAAAUGAGAAUAUCACUCCUAUUUUAUGUCUAGUGACAUUGCAACUCCAAUCAGUUAGUAAGCUACUGUGUUCUGUGUGACAAUGGAUGGAGAUCACUGAAUGAGUUUGAUCCUUCUCAAGAUGUAAUUGUUAGCACAACUAUUUCUGAAACUUUACAUUGUUAAAUUAUAUUCUAAUCCAUGAGGAACGAGGACUUUAAUAUAGGGGAGGGAGAGAGAGCAGGAAUACUGACCCUUCAUUGUACAUUGAACUGGUUCAGCCCUUGGACAGCUUUACCUUUCUUUAGUAAUGUACAUUUUAGCUAUUACCUUGAGAACUGAUAAUGGAGCUUGGAUCCAAUUUAGAUAGAAAAAAUAUUUUUUAUUUUCAAAUAGCAAAAAAAAAAAAAAUACGUUGACACUAAUACUUAUAACCUAUCCAGAUGAGAUACUGACUUUGUAGUGCUGUGAGAUGUUGAAAAACUUCAACCCCUUCAGAACCUGAGCGGUGGCUUCUGGUUGAUGAGCAUGUGGUACAUGAGUGAGAAGUCCACACUCAGGCUCAGCCUUGUACAUAUGAGGACAGAGAAGAGCAGCGUUCACUGUCUACCUUUUUCUAGAAUUACCUUGAACCUUAAAUUUUAAAUCAUGUUUAUUGCUAGAAAAUUAAGCAUAGUUAUUUAAACCAACAAAAAGCACAUUUCUGAAGGAGAGUUAAUCUCUUGACUCUAAUGAAAAGAUAUUAAUAAAAUUCUAAAUGUAGGUAGGAGUCUAAAGGAAUUUAUGUAAAAGCAAUCAGAUUUUUUAACUUAUGAGAACCAAAUAAACCUAAGACAUCUUACAUCAUUUCUAGGAUUCUGAAAGAAUAUUUACUCAGCUUUGUGAUGAGGCAGCACAUACUGUAUUUCUAGAUACGAUUUGGAAAACUAUCCUGAACAUGCUUUUUUAUAUACUUUGUAUUUAGAGUUUGUUUCGGUCAUUUUUGAAGAUUAUUGCCAGUGCACAUAGCUGUGUGAUUUAUCCUAAACCUCAGUAAAUUUUAUUCCGGAGCAUCACAGAUUGAACAUCCAGUUAGAGAAUAUUCCUUGUGGUCUGGAGGCAGUUAAAGACUACCAAAAGAAAAUAGUGGAGAGUUUAGGACAAUUGUCAUUGAUGUUUUCCAUGAUCCCAAACCAGCUUUAGGCUGAAUAUGUAUGUAAAAAGUAGAGUUUUAUUUAUGAAAAGUAUUGUUCUAAGAGGAAAAACCCUUCAGGGCCAUGCUGUAUCCUUUUUAUCCUUCUAUAUGACAUGUCUGUUUAUGUCCUUUGUGGUUUCUUCAGAUUUUCUAUACUAGCGUGGGAACUAAUCAGGGAACCUGCCUGGGGUAUAACAUUUGUGUAUAAAAUACCUGGUAAGUAAGUCUCUUGAUUCCAACCUUGAGUGAGUACGAAUGGUCAGAGAUCAGACCGUUUGGGUGGACUGACCUCACCUCAGCAUAAACACCAUGACUGUGCUCUGCUGAUAGAGGAGAAAGCUCAAAUCUCAGUGUGGGCUUUCCCAGAACAGUCUAAUAUUUUAAUUUAGGAAACAAUAAACCUUGAGUAAUUAUAAAAAGUAUGCUUGAGGCAUAUUUUUCCAUAAUUAUAUUAUAAUAUCUAUCUAGUUAUUGCCCUUGAAGAAUCUAUAUAUAAAAGUUACGUUAUUUUUUACUAUCUUAGUUUUUCCAAAGAUAAUACUGCCAAUACUGCACUCCAAAAAGAAAAGAACAAAACAAAAAAACACACAACUCACUGAAAACCAUCAGCAUUGGUGUCAGAUGAAGAGUCAGUCAGUGUGCACUAUCAGCCAAGCACUGUGCUUGUUAAUCCUGCCUGCUCUGAUGUGACAAGAGUCAUAUCAAACUUACUAUGAUGUUUGAUUACUGUGGAAGAGAUUAAAUGUUUGACUCUAUUAAAACAAAUUUCUAAAAUAUGCUUUCCUGUCCUUGAAGGCUUGUCAAGGUUCUAAACUGCCAUGUAUUUAUUUCCUAUGUUUUACUCAAGGUAGCAAGUGAUAUUCAAGCAUAUUAUUGCUUAUUUGGGUAAAUAGGACUUUGAAAAUGGUAUUUUCAGGGAUUUUUCCCUUACAAUACUUUGUAAUAUUUGACAUUGUUAUACAUAUAUUGCUAACAAACGUUACAAUUUAAACAUUUUGGAGCUUAAUGAUUCUAGGCUAAAUUGCAGGCACAUUUGACUCAUGCAGGAGAGCUAGCAGAAGGCAGGCAGAGGAGCAGAUGCGGUCCCUGGCACUUUUCCUACUUUCAGAGCAUACUCUUAAGGUUAGUGACCAGUCUGUAUUAAUGUGCACUUCUCACUGGUGACCUGUGCUAGUUUAUCAGUACCUAGAAUCAUGUGUUUCUGAAGUAGGUUUCCAGGACUUCUGUUUAGGUCUCAAAGCAACCUGAAAACUAUCAGAAAAGUUGUGAAUAUUUAAAAAUAUUCACAGACACCUACCUGCACUAGGAGUAUCACCAAGUGGUACAGCAUUUGCCUGCAAUGCACAAGGCCCUGGGUUCAAUUCCUAGUAGAUGUAUAUAGACACACUGGCAGCUAAUCAAGGCAUUGGCCUUAUGCCCAGUCAGUGUGAAUGGGUAGAAUAACUUCCUCCAUGCUUCAAGGUCAGGCUAGGAUUUGAGCAAGUCAGAAGCUUAAGUUUGGAAUUAGGUUCUAGAAGACUAUAUAUAUAUAUAUAUAUAUAUAUAUAUAUAUAUAUAUAUAUAUAUAUAGUGUGUGUGUUCUUAUUGCCUCCCUUUUCUAUAGCUUGACAAUUUACCACAUAGUAUGUUUUGAAUUCUUUCUCAUGCUCCUUGAUCUUGUUACCUAAGCAAGUUAAUGUCAGAUGCUAGUUUACUAAACUCAGUGUUAGCCAUUCUGUACGUGCACAAAAGCUUCAUAGCAUUUUGCUUUCCAUAAAUCAUAAACUCAACUUCAGACCUUGAGGACCAGAGAGCAAGGUAUGCCUUGUGUUCACUGUCCAUGUUGGCAUGUGGACAAAUGUUUGUAAAAUCCUUGCAAAUUAAGGCAAGAAUUUCUAGAACUGUCCUCAGUCUUGCUUAAAUUUUCUUGGAAUCGACUGUUGUAGCCCUGGCUACCUUCAAACCCAGAAUCCUCCUGCCUCAGCUUCUCACUGCCACUAUUACAGGCACUAUCACCAUACUCAUCUGUUGAAACUUCCUUUAGAAAAGCAAACAGCAAACUGAUUACAUGUUGCUUUGUAAAUCAUUGUACCAGUUAUAUGUUUUGACAGAAAGCUUACAAACUUGUACCCUAACACUGUCUUAGACUUACAAUUUAAAUUGAAAAACUGUUUCACAAAAUAAGACAGAGACAUUAAAGAUAGUCAUUUAUUGAUAUUUUAAUGAAUCAGUCGGGAAAUUCUGGCUCACUUGGUGUUUUAAACCUGACUUUAUCAGGGCGUUAAUAAUACAUACCUGUCAUCCGGUUUGCUAAAGCAGGAGGAUUCUAAGUUCAAGGGCACACUGAACAAAUUGUAAGACCCUGAUUCCAAAAACAAACGUGACUUUGUCUUGUUUUGGCAAUCAUUGUGUGCCUCAGUUUAUUCUAUGUGCAGGGUGCUCCUCUUCCCCUAAGUCCUCCCCCAUGCACCCCCAGGCUUUUCCCCUAAGUCCUCCCCCAUGCACCCCCAGGCUUUUCCCCUAAGUCCUCCCCCACGCACCCCCAGGCUUGGUUCUCCUGAGUAAAUGCCAUACUCUAGCACUGAGAGCUACUGAGAUCAUCACAGACACUGCACAUUACGGUUCUCCAAUGUGUAGACCUUUUAUAGUGACUCCAAUCUGGUUUUUUAUGCUGUUAGAAUGUGUAGAAUUCUUUGAACGUAGCAUCGUGGCUUUCAAAAAUAUAUUUUGCAGUUGCUUUUGUAUUUGGUAAGCUAGUGUCAAGACCAGGAAUUUAUUUGAGCAUAGAAAAUGCACUUUACAAAUCUGUUUUCCCAGUAUCCUCUACAGAUCUAGCUUUUAGAGCCCUUUGGUCAGUCCUUCCAGGGUAGAGCAGUUCCUCCAGGAACUGACUUUGCUCUCUCCACUGUGGUCAGUGUAGACAACUUAUUCGUGGCAUAGUGUAAACAUGAAUUCUGAUCUUGUGCAAGUCAAAUCCUUUAGAUAGCAAGCAAGAAACCCUAAAGGACCAUGUGUGAACCUUAGAGUCUGUGGUUCUCUGAUAAGUUGGCAUCUUUUGUUACUGAUGCCUGACACUUUUUAAACCGUAAAAGGAAGAAUUGAGUUUACUUUUCUUAGGUAACAGCUUAAAAUAACUUUAAAUUAAAAGCUCCCUAAAGGGAAUACAUUACAGAGAAGAUAUAACAGGAGGGAACCUUGCAGGAUGCUAGAAAACGUACUUUGAAAAUCUAUCUAAAAUUUAAUUUAUGCAUGUCUUUACUUAAUCCUGGUGUUUCUGCUCUUAGGAAAUAGAGCUUAACAUUAAUAUAUGCAUAUAUUUUUUUACAUGUAGGAUUCUAGUUUCUAUCUUCUGAACUCAAGAGAACUAAACUCAACAAACAGGGUAAAAAUCUUCAACUCUUGCCUCAAACUCAAUGGUCCUUUGUCCUGACAAAAGUUAGACUUGUCUAAUAAGCUGGUAUUUUUAGGGCAUAAUACCCUCCCAUUAACUACUUAAACUACCAUGGCAGAGACAGGAAAUGUAAGCCUUGCCCCACGGUAAAAGAAAGAACAAAAGCCCCCGUGUCCCAGAAAGUGUCCAUUUUAUCUAGCAUGACUUGUAAAGACUUCCUCAGCUCACAUCAUUGUUACUGGUCACCUUUUAACUGUUCUUAACACCUAUACUGUCACAUCUGGAGAGGCAAGGCAGCCCUGUAAGUAAAGGAUGCACAGAGCAGAGCCCUUUGGCAGGCAGUGCUCACUCCUUUGGCUCCAGUAGUCAUUUUACAUCUCUAUGUGGAAAGUCAGAAAGCUGAAGUGCCCAUUAGAAAUCAUGAAUUGCUGACGACACCCUAACAGAAACGCCCUAAGAGGCAGCUCUAACUCAUGUAAUGAGUUUGAAAACAGAGACUGGUGUUUGAUCUUUGAAAAUGAUGUCUGGUUUGUCAGAAUGUUUGUUGCUGUUCUUUCCCACCAUUAUUUGUAUGACAUAACCACUGUGACAAGGUGCAGUGUCUCUUCACUUCCCAGGAAUUUUCUAGUAGUUUUUGUUAAGACUUAUUUUCCUCAAAAUGACAGCUGUCAUCACAGAUCCACAUCUAAGACCAGACAACAGCAGAGUGCUGUGUGACUGCAGAAUGGUGGACGGGAUAAUCUGUGGGCAGCUCAUCUCCUGAAUCCAGCACAUUUGACUCUCGUCCUUGACAUGGGCUGAAUAACGAGGUUGAAACGUGGAUUUGGGAGAGCAACAAGCUAUGGAAUGCUGUCAUUUUGAAUAGCUGUAAGCAAAAGAAACAGGUUGUCUUCCCCCACUUUGCUAUGGCACAUGGAACUGUGUGCUAGCUGGAAUGGGCUCUCAACUGACCGUGGGGACUGAGUGCCUCAACUCCCGUUUCCUGUCUGUCCUAGCAUCCUCCCUCCGUCUGAGAAUCCAUUCUCUUUCUUUAAAUGCAAGUGAAGAAUGAUGAGUAGGGAGGGAUGACACAAAGCCGCAGAUAGAAUAUGCUCUUUGAAAAAAGGCACCCAAGAUGCACCUACCCCUCGCAGGGCUCAGCUGAUUUCUGUGAAAUAAACUGUUUUAAAUGUUAAUUUUGCAAAGAGCACCUCUAAAAAUUAUGUCUUAAAUUUCAAGUUUCACUUUUGGAAACUACUCCUGAAAAGACAUUGAAUAUAGGUGGGAAAGUAAACAAUGUUUCUGAUUACUCAAUGAUUCAGUAUUAUCCAGUGUUUAAUCUCAAAUUCAUUGUAACACAAGUGUAGUGUCAUCGUUGGAUUAAAACGUUGGAUGUUUUUGUUAAUAUACUUUAAACUGUAACCAGUGAAUAACACCGUAGUAUUUUUUAUUAUAGAUUAUAUUUUAUUUCAAUAAACUUUGAUAUUUAGACUGAACAUUCUCUGUUGUCAACUCAUCACCCUAAGCUGCAGCCUGUAUGGCUGG